ACCAUGCCACAGCUCUAGCUAGGCAGUAUAUUACUUCUCUCCCUCCCUCUCAUAAACCCACAAGCCUCUGCUCCCUCCCUUCGCCGUCAUGCAUUCCAUCUUUCAUGAAGGCAUUGAGGCCUCCAUCGCCAGCUCGUCGCCUCUGCUACCCUCUAGCAGCUGGUGGCCGCCGCCCGUCUCCUCUUCCUCUUGGAGCUACCAGUGGCAGCCGCCGCCGCCGCCGCCGCCACCUCCCUGCGGCCCCGUUGUCGUCGCAAACUUAAUAUCCUCGCCGUCCUCGUACGACGAGCCCAGCAUGGACGACUCCUCUGCUGACCUCCCUACAAAGCCAGUAGCCGAGAAUCAUCUCUGGAACCAAGUUCUAGUUGAUGAUGUCCGUGGUGUGUUCGAGCCCACAACAGCCUUCGACUACUUGAAGAAAAUGGACAGCAACUGGGAGUUAAAUCUGAACCCUAAUUCCUCCCUCAGCUGGUUCAUUGCUCCUCCAGUUCCAUGCCAUGAUCAAAAAGCUUCCACGAGUGGCUGCUUCUUCCAUGAGGCCAACGCUCCAUGGAGUUUAUCCGACGGGAUUCCCUUCGAUGGAUGCUCAGACGCUAAGCGAUCGACGGCGAGAAGUGGCCAAGGAAAGAAGAAGAGAUCAAGUGAAGAGACUGCUGAAUCACUCAAGAAGUCCAAGUGUGGUAGCUCAUCAGUUUCAUCUCAAAAGAUGCAGGUGCCUAAAGCAAAGAUAGCAGAGAAGAUUAGUGCUCUCCAGCAAAUUGUCUCACCGUUUGGAAAGACAGAUCAAGCUUCAGUUUUGAUGGAAACCAUAACUUACAUCAGAAUUUUACAGGAGCAAGUGCAGCUGCUGAGUGAUCCAUACUUGAGGUCGAGUGCCAUCAAGGGGCAGGAUAGUUCGUGGGACGGAGAGAUGGAGACGACGGUGGAGUCAGAGGUGCAUGAGCUGAGGAGCAAAGGGCUUUGCUUGGUUCCUGUUUCUUCCAUCCCUCCACUUGAGAGUGAGUCGAAUAGACCGGAAUUUUGGAUGCCGGCAUUUCACAGCUGCUUGUAUUGAUAAUAGCUCGAAGAUGUAUCUUCUCGUAUAGCCUUGUGAUUAUAGUUGUAGACAAAGAGAGGGUAGCUAGAAGUACUAUCCAGAGUGAUUGAGCAUCAGGCGUUUACAAGUGUCGUCUUUGAAGUCCACAGUUGAAUUCAAAGUUCUAGUAUGUAGAUGAGAGAUAGGGACAGGGAAUUUACGAUGGCAAUUGAAGUGUAAGGGAUGAGAAUUUGCAAUAAAGCAUUGGAUGUACAUUAAACAA